AUGCGGGAGCUAGACCCUCUGAUCUCAGAAUACCGCCAUGAAAAGAAACGCCCCCGAGAAGCAGAGGCCUUGCUGAUCCUGCGCAAGGUCGCAUCGUUGGUCAAACCGAUCAUGCGACAGCGCGCCUGGAGAGUUGGCGCGCUCUGUGAAUUUUAUCCGCAGCAGCGAAACCUGCUGGGGCUGAAUGUCAACUCGGGCCAGAAGAUCUGUCUAAGAUUACGGUAUCCCUCCGAUCAACGGCAAUUUCUCCCCAUCGAGGAGGUUUUGGAUACUAUGCUUCACGAACUCGCCCACAAUGUGAUUGGUCCUCACAACCAACAGUUUCAUGCACUGUGGAAUCAACUUCGUGAUGAGCAUGAGGAACUAGCCCGAAAAGGCUACACCGGAGAGGGCUUCUUAUCCCAAGGAAAGCGUCUGGGUGGCCAAAGAAUUCCGCUGGAUGAAGCUCGACGUCAAGCUCGUGCGGCUGCUGAAAAGCGAAGGGUUCUUACUAAAAAUUCUGGCAAAAAGCUCGGCGGUACCCGCGUGCUCCGCGGAACAGAUAUACGGAAGCUCCGGGCUGACGCUGCCCAGCGGCGUAUUGAAGUGACCCAGGGUUGUGCUUCUGGCACAGACCGAAUCAAGAAAACCCAGCAGGACCUCGAACAAAAUCGACACUGCCAUCUACUACUUCCGACAUCUCGCCUGUUAUCCCCGAAACUCUGCCUGUGCUUCAAAAAAGAAGCUCCUUCACCGACUCGCAAUGAAACUGUUGAUCUUACAGCCGAUAACAGCUCAUACGAGACACCCUGGAUCUGCCCAAUGUGCACUCUCGAGAACCCAUCUACCUUCUUAUGUUGUGAUGUUUGUGCAGCAGAACGACCGCCUCCGACCAACACGCUAUCCACAUCUACCUCUGCCCGAAACAAUAGCCAACCAGUGCGUUCAGAGUCACGAAACUCGAAGAAAAGGCCUUUAACUCUUGAUCGAAAGGAAGAGAAGGACGUGAAUCCUGGUGAUCCAUUUCUUUUCAAGAACCGCACCCGUGCACUGGAUACCCUUAAGUCCUUGGAUCGGGGUGCAGAUAAGAAGCCCCUUGGAUGGGUUUGCACCUCGUGUAGUAGUUUUAUGGAGACUCAGUGGUGGACAUGUUCUUGCUGUGGGACAAUGAAGCCAUCCUCUUGA